AUGGGCGCCAGGGUCCGGACGGCUGCCCUGUGGGUCCCACCCCUUCAGGAACGAGACAGUUCAAGCAAUAGGAUCAGAAAGCUCCAAGGCCAGGAACCCACCAUGGGUCAAGGGACCCCUGACCAGAGGCCUUUCCCAAGAGGACCCCAGCAGAGGCACAAGAGUUACCGGACAGAGCAGGCCCCAGGCUGGCUGUUUACUUCCCAGGAGCAGCCGAAAUCCACCAAGUCCCAAACAAAAUCUGUAAAAUUUAUAAUCACAUGGAAUGUUAUCAGGAAAAUCAAGACAAGUUGGGAAGCAUGGCAAAUUGCUUUGAGUGUACUACAUUUGGAAAACUAUGUCUUCUUACUACAAAUUAUAUUUCUUCAAGACAGACGCCUUAUAAAUGUGGCACAUGUGGAAAGAGUUUGA